AUGACUGACGCAGCCGCCGCGAGAUCGUUAUUGCUGCUGCUCGCCAACCGGUGCGCUGCUGAAGAGGCCAAGGAGGCCGCGCUUCGGGACUUCAUGUCGGUCCCUCCGGAGCAGCGCGACCGCGUGCUGGACGAGGCCGUGUCACUCAUCGCAUCGUCCUCCGACUCGCUCCUCGCCUCUCGACGCUGGCCGCUCCCUCUGCCCUCUCGCCGCGCAGCGCUUGGCUCGUACGCGCGCCUGCUCGACUCGAUGAUGCGGGAGGAGCCCGGAGGCGGCGCGCGCUUCACCGACGGCGGCGACAGUGCCAAGCGCCGCCGCUUCGUCGGCGUGCUGCUGCGUCAGCUUCGGCGCGGCAAGGGCGGCGUGUGGGCUCUCGAGCGCGAGGCGGCGAGGCGGCGGCGGCAGAUUGUCGAUGUGGCUUUUCCCGCGCUCCAAUCCUUGCGAUGCCUCUCCCUGCAGGCCAUGACGACGCCGGUGCUCAGCUCGGCGGCGACGGGCCAGAUGAGCUUUGUCCUGCCGUCAAAGUACUGGGGCGAGGGCGCGGAACCGCCCGCGCCGCUGCCCGAGUCGGGCGUGCAGCUUGGCCGCAAUGGCGGCGGCGCGCUCGAGCAGAGCUCGGCUCUGGCUUGCCUCUGGUUUGGAGGCUUUGCGGGCGGGGACGAGGUCGCGAGGCGCAAGGAGCAGCUGCUGGAGGCGGUCAGGGGCGACGGUGAGUGGGAUGCGGCGUGCGGCGAUGACGAGGAUGCACAGGCAGCGUCGAUAUUGCUGAUGCAGUACAAUGAUCCGUUCACGCCGCCGUGGCAGAGGCGCAACGAGGUUGCCCUUCCGGUUGGCGGUGACGAAUUCUACGCAAGCUUGCUGCAGGGUGGCGCCGAGGUGGCCUCCGCUCUGGCGACGGAUCUCGGCAAUGGCAGCUACGCGUUGGAGUAUGAGCGCGUGGAGAUGCCGUCCGCUCCUGCUGGCAAGAGCGCCGCCGCCAUCGUCCUGCGUGUCGUGCUGCAGUACACGUGCGGGCACGGGCACCUCGACCCUCCAGCUAAGGAGGGGUGGCCCACCUCGGGCGCGCUCAACCUGCCGCUCCGCGUGCGCCGCGCAGCAGACGUGCUGCCGCUGCCCGACCUCGUGCCGCCGCCCGCGGCGCAGCCCUCGAAUGGCGAUGGCCUCAUCGACCUGAGCCGCUUUGACGCCGUGGUGGCCAUUGGCGACUCGACGAUGCGGCAGUUUCGACCCACGAACGCCGAUCGGAUGCGGGUGCGGAUCGAAUUCCACCAGCUCUCCUUCCUACUCGACGCCUCGUCGGCAAGGCGGUGCGGAGAGCGCGCGAGGAUGGCGAGGCGGGUGCUCGGAGGUGCGGCCAGCCCCGCAAGGCAGCUUGUGCUGUACGGCGGAGGCACGUGGGAUGUCAUGAGCGAGUACGGCGGAGGGAGCGAGACGACGCAUUUGCCCUUGCCCGAGUACGAGGCCGCCUUCGCGACGUGCCUGCGAGGGGUGCGCGCGGCCUUCCCGAACGCGACGCUCGUGCUCAAGAGCCUGCAGGCGUUGCACCCGCACCGCGUCGACUGCCAGACCGCCACGUCGCAGCUCCUCGUCAACGCACAGAACGCUCGCAAUCGCACGAGUACGUGCCACGUGCGGACCAAGUACAUGAGCGCGUCGCGCACCAGCAGGCUCUUCCUCAGCCAGGAGAGGGUUGCGGCCUCGCUGGGCGUGCGCACGCUGGGCAGGCUCUACUCACUCACCUACCGGCAUGCGCAUCAGACAGUGCGGGGUGACGGCCGGCAUUUUACGCCUCAAUUUAACGACUUUCUGUGGGGGCGCACCUUUGCCAACGUCGAGCUCUGCAGCGAGCGCCAUCGUCCCGCUCGGUUUCACGCCUCGCGAGCAGCCGGCGGCAGGAGGGGGCAAGGGGUGGGAGCUGGCGCGCGAGAUGCGCCGGAAGGAGUAGGUUGCGCCGUCUCAUUGGUGGAGAAGCACAGCAAGACCCGCUGCGAAGCCGGAGGCAACUUUGGCUGCCGCGUCCGGGACGACGGCGACAGGGAGGUGUGGGCGCGCAGCUGCCGCGGCAUGUUCCGCUGCGAGGGGGAGGCGGACGAUGUGGCGUGCGGCUACCCACCCGGUGCAGGCAGCUACACGUGCCGUUGCGGCCAGCCCAACUCGACCACGGCCAACAGCUGCGCGGACCCGCGUCGGUGGGCAGGAAAGCUGUCGUGGAACUUGGUGGUUUCGCGAUAA